AUGGCUCCCGAGGAGCUCGGCGCCUCAGCCGACUACGACUACGCAGCUCUGCCCAACGGCACGGAUGGCCCACGGCUCAUCUCUGGCUGGGAGCUCACCUUCACCACUGUCUUCAUCCCCACCUUCUACUCCUUCAUCUUCCUCCUCGGCCUCUCGGGGAACAUCUUCGUCAUCGUGCUGCUGGCCAGGAGCAGCGGCGGCAGGAGGCUCGUGGACACCUUCGUGCUGAACCUGGCGGUGGCUGACGUCGUCUUCGUGCUGCUGCUGCCUUUGUGGGUGGUGGCGGGGGCCCGGGGGCAGCGCUGGCCGCUGGGCGAGGGGCUCUGCAAGCUCAGCAGCUACGUGGUGGCCGUCAACCGCUGCUCCAGCAUCUUCUUCCUCACCGCCCUCAGCGUGGAGCGCUACCUGGUCAUGAGGAAGGCGCUGGGCACCAAGACGGCGCCGUGGCGGCGGCACAUCGGCCUCACCUGCGGCACCAUCUGGGCGGCGUCGCUGCUGCUGGCAGCCCCGGCCCUGCUGUACCGGCGCCUGGACGGGGACGACUGUUGGGAUGAAGACGGAGAGGAUUUCAGCUUGGCUAUGGUCUUCCUCACUUUCCUCCUGCCUUUGGGGGUCAUCUCCUUCUGCUACUGCUCCGUCUCCUGCCGCCUGCAGCGUCACGUGCGCCUGGGCAGGGGCGUCCGCCGCUCCCACCGCGCCGUCGUCGCCAUCGUCGCGGCCUUCCUCUGCUCCUGGCUGCCCCUCAACGCCUGCAAGGUCCUGCUCUUCUUCCUGGCCAAGGGCACGUUGGUCCUGUCCCACGGCCAGGAGUCUGCCCUGAGGUGGCUGGUGGCCCUCAGCACCUGCCUGGCCUUCGUGAACUCCUGCGUCAACCCCGUGCUGUUCGCGCUCACGGCCGGGCGCUGCCGGGCCCGCUGCCCCCUGGCUCCCCGCGCCCCGGCCGCCGGCCCUGCCGCCGCUUCCUCACCCCUCACCGACUCCAGCCUCCUCCUCGGCGCUCGCAUCCGUACCAGCACCCUCCCCGGGCCCCGGCGCGGGUUCGGCACCGAGCUGCAGCCCGCAGCGGGGGUCCCACGGGCCCCCCCCGGGGUGAGUCCGUCCCGGCCCCCCCUGUCUGCAGCCGCUUCCCCCCAGUAA